AUGGGAUGCACCAGUUCUCUCAAAAGACCAAGAUUGAUUAUUCCUGCUGAAAACAGUGUGGAAAGCGAAGAAGAUAAUGGAGAUUACAAUAACGUUAAUAUUCCAAAGUACAACUUUAAUGGAAACAUUACUAGUUUCCCGUUAUUUGUUGUGAGAGAAGAAGUUUCAGCUCUCGAAGAGUCUGCUGUCCCUUCUAAGGCUCACUCUUUUGCUACAAGUACAUUAAACCAGUUUAAUCUUAUAAAAAAUAACGUUUAA